GUUUGACAAAGCUAAAGGAAGGUCAAACCUUUUCUUCUUCUUCUUCGAUCUCUCUUUUAAUCAAUCAAAAAAAAAGUUCCUUUUCUUUCUCAGCGAUGUCAGGUUACCCUCCGACGAGCCAAGGCUACGGUUACGGCUACGGCGGCGGAAAUCAACCUCCCCCUCCUCAGCCACCUUACUCCUCCUCCACCGGAAACAAUCCUCCGACGAACCAAGGUUACGGCUACGGCGGCGGAAACAAUCCUCCGUACGGAUCAUCAUCUCCUUACGCUGUCCCCUACGGCGCGUCGAAGCCCCAAUCCUCGUCUGCUCCUUCUGCACCACCGUACGCUCCCUCUCCUCCUCCAGGGGACUUCAACCCGCCAAAGGAGAAGCCUUUCGGCGGCGGCUACGGAGCUUCGCCGCCGUCUGCGCCUUACGGUUCUGCUGAGGCUCCCCGUCCGGGAGGAUACGGAGCUGCUCCGCCGCAUUCCGAAUACGGCGGUUACGGCGCUGCGCCGCGUCCUUACGGCGGAUACGGAGCUGCUGCUCCGCCGUCGGGGGUUCCUGAGUACGGCGGUUACGGUGGUGCUCCGCCUCGUCCAGGAGGAGGAGGAUACGGAGGCUAUCCUUCUCCUCAGGGGUCUUCUUAUGGAAGCCCCUUCGCUUCUCUGGUUCCGUCAGGUUUUGCUCCGGGGACGGAUCCGAACAUAGUGGCUUGCUUCCAGGCUGCGGAUCAGGACGGAAGUGGGUUCAUCGAUGACAAGGAGCUUCAAGGGGCUUUAUCGUCUUAUCAGCAGAGGUUCAGCAUGAGGACUGUUCAUCUUCUUAUGUAUCUAUUCACCAACACCAAUGCCAUGAAGAUAGGACCUAAGGAGUUUACUGCACUUUUCUAUAGUCUUCAAAACUGGAGGUCCAUCUUUGAGAGGUCUGAUAAGGACAGGAGCGGGAGAAUAGAUGUGAGUGAGCUGAGAGAUGCGCUUCUGAGCCUCGGGUUUUCAGUUUCUCCUGUGAUUCUGGAUCUUCUUGUCUCCAAAUUCGACAAAAGCGGUGGCAAGAACAGGGCCAUUGAAUAUGACAAUUUCAUUGAGUGCUGUCUCACUGUUAAGGGAUUAACAGAGAAGUUCAAGGAGAAGGACACAGGAUACUCAGGCUCAGCUACUUUCACUUACGAAUCCUUCAUGCUCACUGUCCUCCCCUUCCUCAUCGCAUAACGGAUGAACCCUUUUGCACAUUUUCACAUCUUCUUAUCUUGUUGUUGUUGUAUGUUCGUCGCUGGUGUGAAUGCUUUUGUUACAAGUUACUUUUCCGGUUUGGUUGGAUUCCAGAGUUCAAAACAAGUGUAAAAAAACAAACUUGCGGUAUUAAAGAAUCAAUCAACUCAUUGUUAUGGUUGAGUAUUAUUACAUUUUGGGGUAUAAAA